AUGUACAAUGGAAAAUGCCUUAGGAUAGAGUUGAGUAUGACGUGGGGGGACUCCCACUACCUGGGCAUGACGGGGUUAGAGGUGGUGGGGAAGGAGGGGGACAGCCUGCCUCUGGACCUGACCAUGGUGAACGCCUCGCCACGGGACCUCAACGACCUGCCUGAGUACGGCCAGGACACACGCACCCUCGACAAACUCAUCGACGGCCACAACAUCACCACUGAGGACCAGCACAUGUGGCUGAUCCCAUUUUUCUGUGGCCAGCACCACACCCUGACAGUGAACUUUGACAAGGCACAGACGGUGGCUGGCCUCCGCAUCUGGAACUACAACAAGACCCCAGAGGACUCCUACAGAGGGGUAAAGGUGAUCCAUGUGUCUCUGGACGAUACACUCAUCUCUCCAGCAGAGGGCUUCCUCAUCAGGAAGGGACCAGGGAACUGUCACUUUGACUUUGCUCAGGAGAUCCUCUUCAUCGACUUCCUUCAGAACCCCACCACUGGCCUGGUCAACAGCAAGACUACAUCAGAGGACCUGGUCUACACACUCAAAGCUGGUUCCAAAAGACAGGAGCAGCCCAGCAUGGACUAUGAGGCCCCCAUCAUGCCUUGUGGAUUCAUCUUCCAGCUGCAGCUGCUGACCACCUGGGGUGAUCCCUACUACAUCGGCAUGAACGGCCUGGAGUUCUAUGACCAGAACGACGAGAAGAUCCCCCUCAGUGACAACAGUAUCCUACCUACAAUGUAAACACCACAAACACACACUGAGAACCAUCACUGCUGCAAUCUACACUUGGUGGUCACUAGUCUCACUUGACCUGACUGGCUGAGCUACUGUAGCUAGCGUGAGACUUCGAGUCUGGGUUGAGACUGGUCACCAACCCUGGUCCUGGAAAUCCACAGGGUGUACAGGCUGUCGUUAUAGCCCAUCAUGAAAACACAUGAUUCAGUCGAUCAAGAGUGUGAUGAUUAGUUGAAACAGGUUUGUUUAGUGCUGGGGUGGAACGAAAGCCUGCUCUCCCUUUACUGUCGUCACUAUCUGGCCAACUUGCAAAGUCGAAAACCCUGCCUAGUUCUACAAUUUAUCUUCUUAAAAUCUGAUUUUAACCGUAAUC